CGGGAAGCAUCAGCUGUUCACUUCCUCUUUGUUUACCUCGGCGACUCCGGGCUCUUGGACCUCAUAUUCCUCUCUUAUUCAUGAGACAGUAUUGAGGUAACAGCUGCAACCCCUUGAAGAUGAAUGGUGAGGGGGUAGACUCUGCCAAGAGUGAUGCCAAUGGCAAUGCCAACAAGAAAGGCUCCCUAGGGGGUGGCCUCAGGAACUUCCGCAUGGACAAGGAGGACACGGCCAAAGGGCAGACUCCUAAGUCGACGAGCCCAGUAUUAAAGUCUCGCCAAGGCCACAACAAGAGCCUCGAUAGUCCGGCAGCCCAGGAUGCUGGCUCCCAAAUCAUUAAGACGACAACCUUGGUGAAGAAACCCAUAACCACUAUAUCUGUCCACACAACUACCUCAUUACCAGAUCUGGAUGCCAAAAAUUCGUCAAAAACUGUUAUCGCGGAAAGUGAUGACGAAUUAGACAACGGUUGCGAAAAAGAUACCUCAGACCAUACCAGCCCAGUGAUCCAGCGGAAGACUGUCAGAGUCAUGGAAGUGUCAAAUGGCACCUCGCCCUCCUCUCCUUCCUCUUCAUCUACCUCCACCGCCAGCAGACUAGAGGAAAAGAAGGCGCCGAUCCGUCUCUCAAAGCCUCUGUUUGUCCAGCCGCCAAGCCCAGACCAGAAGGACUAUGACGCGGAAACAGAUGACGAGGAUGGACCCCCUACAUCCUCUGACAACCCCCUGGGAGGAGUACCCAUGAAAGUUCUAAUCAACAGCCUUUCACCCAGCAAGUCUGUCUCAAGCACGUCAGUGGACCAGGACCAGGACAGCCAGGAUGGUAUAUUUAUCCGGGUCAAGCCUGUGAAGAGAGCACGCCUCGUGGUAUCAGAUGAUGAUGACGAUGAUGUCAUCAAGCCUCCAACAAAAAAGAUGCAGCUCAACGGCCAUUCUGACUCGGAUAGGAUUACUGGUGAAGAUGAUGAGAAGAUCGAGCAGUAUAUUGAGACAUUUGAAAGUCUUUACCCCAAAAUUGACAAGAUGGAAAUGAUGGAUGUGUUCAGGAAGAAUGAAUGGGAUGCCCAGUUGACCAUAAGAGAUUUGGAUAAAUUAGAGAAAGAGAGAAAGCAAAAGUUCCUGCAAGAACAGAGACUGAAGAGAGAAGAGGAGAGAAAUUCAAAGAAUUCCGAGAGGGAAUUACAGCAGAUGAAGAAGAAUGCCAAAAGGGAAAGGGUCAGAGCACAAAAGGAGUCGUGGAAAGCAAAAGCUGCGGCAAGGAUAGAGGAGCAGGACAUAGAGGAGGAGGAGGAAGACUAUAAUUUUGGAGGGUCGAAGGUGUACGACAGUGAUGCUGAUUCCGAUACGGAGCCGGACACACAGAUGACCACCGACCGACAGCUCGUAUUGCAGUUCUUCAACGAGGCAUCAGUGGGUGAACUAGCGGCCAUCAGUGGCUGCUCUAAGAAGAAAGCAGAGGUUGUUGCCCAGAUUAGACCCUUCAAAGACUGGAAAGAUAUUAUUGACAAGUUCCAAACGGAGAAAUAUGUUAGCACAGACCUCUUGAAUGAAGCAAAGACCAUAUUGCAUGUAAGAAAUACAGUGCAGAAGCUUAUGAAGAAAUGUGAAAACAUUGCAAAGGAAAUGCAGACCAUCGUUUCACGGAUUGUGAGUGGGGAGGAAGAUGCAGGGAUCAGUAAACAGCCAAGCAUCAUGAACACAACGUUACAGAUGAAGAGCUAUCAGCUGAUUGGAUUAAAUUGGCUAGUCCUAAUGCACCAACAAGGCCUGAAUGGUGUUCUUGCUGAUGAAAUGGGCCUCGGAAAGACUGUUCAGGCCAUCUCCUUCCUGGCUUACAUUAAGGAAGUGGAGGAACCUGAAGAAAUAAGUCUGAUUGUGGUCCCUUCUUCUACACUUGAUAAUUGGGCACGAGAACUGGAAUUUUGGUGCCCCUCUCUCUGUGUUCUACAGUACCAUGGAACCCAAGAUGAAAGGAGAGGCAUUCGCAUUGACAUCAUGAAUGACAAUCUUGAAGAGACACCUGACGUUAUCCUGACCACAUACACUAUGGUGACAACGAGCACAGAAGACCGAGCCUUGUUCAAGAAGCUAAGAUUCCAUACUAUAGUUUUAGAUGAAGCCCACAUGCUAAAAAACAUGGCUUCACAGCGCUAUGAAAAUCUCAUGAAAAUUAAGGGUCAACGUCGUGUACUGCUUACUGGUACUCCACUACAAAACAAUCUCGUGGAACUAAUGUCCAUUCUCAUAUUUGUCAUGCCACAGCUGUUCGAUAGCAAGAAAGAAGAGUUGAAGAGAGUGUUUUCAAUGUUUCCUAAAUCAGAUGAUAGCGGCAGCAAGGGGAAGUUUGAGCGUGAGAGGAUAGAACAAGCCAAAAGAAUCAUGAAACCUUUCUUCUUGCGGAGAUUAAAGUGCGAUGUACUUAAGGACCUACCAAAGAAAACAGAUGAAGUCAGAUAUGCCCCCAUGUCUAAACGGCAGCAGAAAAUAUACACCGAAACUGUAGAAGCUUUCAGUAGAAAAGCAAGACAGAAUCAGAUUGAGAUUGAACAGAUGAACAUGAAGAACCUGACAGAAUUGGAGGAGCUGGAGGCCAUAGGGAAGUCCCCGACGAAAAGCUCGGAGGUGGAUAGCAGCUCAAACAUGGUCAUGACCCUCAGGAAAAUCGCAAACCAUCCACUACUUACUAGAAAGUACUAUGAUGAUAGCAAGCUAAGAGAAAUAUCCAAGAUUCUAAAGAAGACAUCGCACCGGGAGUCCGUGUUAGAGUAUAUUGUUGAAGAUUUCUCUGUCAUGUCUGACUUCGAGAUCCAUGCAACAUGUCUCAUGUAUCCUGCUGUCAGGAAAUACCAGAUGCCUGAUGAACUCAUCCUCAGUUCGGGCAAGUUUGAGCAGUUAGACAAGAUUCUUCCUAAGCUGAAGGAGGAGGGAUCUAGAGUGUUGAUAUUUUCCCAGUUUGUGAUGAUGUUGGACAUCAUUGAAAAAUAUGUCAAGAUCAGAGGUCACAAGUACAGAAGAUUUGAUGGCACUACCCAAGUGUCUGAAAGACAAGAACUGAUUGAUGAGUUUACGGAGAAUGAAGACAUCUUCAUCUUUCUGCUCUCGACCCGCGCUGGUGGCCUGGGCAUCAACCUCACUGCAGCCAAUACGGUGAUUCUCCAUGACAUAGACUUCAACCCGUAUAAUGACAAGCAGGCUGAGGACCGUUGCCACAGGGUUGGCCAGACUAAGCCUGUACAGAUCGUACGCUUGCUUAGCAAGGGCUCCAUUGAAGAGGGCAUGUUGCAGAUUGCACAGGCUAAGCUCCAGCUGGAACGUGAUGUCACUGGCAUUGGAGAUGAGCAACAUAAAAAAGGUGACGUGGUGGCGUUGCUGAAAGCUGCCUUAGGCCUAGCCAAAGCUGAAGCACAAAGCUCUUCAUCGUCGAGUGGCUCUUAGGUCUAAAAAAACACGUCGUUGGGACCAGGUGUUCUCAGGUCUCGCUUGAUGGCUGCUUCACAUUUGUCAAGUCUGUGUGGAGGGACGAGAGAUGCUUGUUAGCUUGCCUGCAUGUCAUCUUCUGGUUCAUCUGUCUAUGAUUGCAGGGUGAAGCUUCAGAUUUUGCCCACAUUCACACCACCAACUUUCUUUGUCUGUUUAUUAUUCUUUCAUCUAUUUAUUUUUAUAUGCACUUUUUCUGUUUGGAAGAAGGAAGGUCCUUUUAUAUUUAAGAGAAGUUUGUAAUCAAAACUUGUGUAUUCCAUUGGAUAUGGUAAGGUAAUGAGUAUAGGAAAGGUUAUGUAUAUUUGGUUUGUGUGUUACUUUUGUUUUGUUUAAGUCUUUUCUCAUGUACCUCUCCACUCUUUCCUCUUUUCAGACCCUAUUCAACUCUUCACCCUCUUCCUCCUCUCUCCACCACCUCCACCUCCACCACCACCACGUUCUCAUUCUCAUUCUCCUUCUUCCACUUCUCAUUCUCUUCUUUUUUCUUGUUCUUUGUCUUCCUGUUUUACCCAACAUGUCACUUUUCCAAUUCAGAAUUUCUUGAAUACCCUAGAGGAAAAUUUAGAUUCAAAGUCAAUUCUCAAUCCUCAGUUCUAGGGGUCCCGUGAACUGCAGCUCUGCUCAGGUGAACUCUGUCUGGUUAGGCUUCUUUUUGCUAAGAGUCCUGCCAUUUGAAUCUAUAUAUUUAAAUCAUAUAUGAGUGUUUCCUUUUUCUCUCUCUCCUUUUUAUAUAUGUAUUUGUAUCUUCUCCAUUUUAUAAUACUAUAAGAUUUCAACUUUAUUUUUAUACAUCAUAAACAUGACAAGGAUCAGAUCAAACUAUGGUACUUUGUUUCGCGAAUGGCAAGUGCUAGGCUUCAUUUCUGGAAAGUUUUCCGUCUUUUUUUUUCUUCUUCUUCUUAUACUUCUUCAUCAAUGAUUAUUGCAUAUUUUGCUUCUAUGUAUCCUACUUAAGAUGAUAAUAUAAAAAAAGUUUAAGCUGGUUAUUUAGAUACGUUUUGAUCUCAGCAUUUAUGAUCAUGUGUUGGUUUGUUUUGGUUACUCACGGACAUUAUAAUGAUAAUAAACGUUAUUAAUGGAAAUGUCAGUCUUACAUCUGUUGCUGUUGUUGUUAUUGUUAUUAUUAUUAUGAUGAUUAUUAUUAUGAUGAUUAU